AUUAAUAAUUAACUCACGUAACUCAAUAAACCGGAAAUGAACAGUUGAAUUCACGGUUCGAUGAACGUAUUAAACAUUAACUCACACUGCCCGUUUGCUCGUGGGAAACAGUUACAAACCGUUAUUUCAAAAAUCAACCGUUGAUUAAUGUCAGCAGGUAGGUUAGCUGCUAGCUUGAUUUUAACUAGUUUUACACACUGUUUUAGCUUCGUGUUAGCUAGUUAAAUGCACACCACAGAGUAAACUAAACAGUUUGGAUUGAAUGAAUGAGGUGAGUGAAGUGACAUUACCAAAUAAUGGAGGAAACGACACCAAUGGCAGGAAAGCUGGUUCCACCAACGCUCAACAAGAGAGCUGUGAACAUCUACAACAAAAGCCCCAAACAGGCAACACCACAAGAGGUCUAUUUUGGUGCAACCAGUUUUGCAACCUUUUGCAACAGACAGAACGGUCAUCUGCCAAUCCGGAGAAAUCGCCCCCGAAGAAGAAAAGGCCGCCAUCCAAACCAUCCAUGGUAGAGCCAGCGGAUUUAUUUGAUGCUACAACUGCAGGCGCAAGCAGAGAGGUCAGCAUGCUGUUUUCAAAACUUGCUGAAGUGUUAAGUGAGAGAGCCACAGCUGAUACCUCCCAGAUCAAGCAGCUGGAUGGUAUUUUGAGAGAGACUCAAAACCUUGAGUCUUACCUGAGAGAGAAGAAAAACCAUCUGAGGCAGAAGCUGGCGCUCAUCUCUAACAAACUGCAGGGUUAGGUUUAACGCACAGUGACUCAACAGACCUUUUUAUUUUCCUGAACACUUAUAUUUCUUGUCAAUAUGCUCUGCUUUUGUUUAUAAGUAAUUUAUAUGUGGGAUUGCUUUAAUAUAGACAUUUAUUAAUAUAUUAAACUAAUUGUUUUUGAGUUGAAUUAGUCACGUAAAUAUGCCACUAUUCAUCACAAUUUCACUGAUUCUGUAGAUUCUUUAGUCAUGCAAUUUUUUUGUCUUAAGUUAUGAUAAAUUAUAACUUGUUGUCUGAAUAUUUGAGCAUUUUCAAAGAGGAAGGACACAAACAAGUUUUGUUUGCACAUAUGUAUGUACAGAAUUAAUGUGCCUUAACUAUUGAAGAGUCUUACAUGUUGUCAUGAUUGUUGGUAAAUAAUAAGUGGAAUUUAUUUGCAUCUAUUUUAUUUUUCUGUGACCACUUUUACAUCCUCUGCCAUACAUGUUUGUAGUUGUAUUGUGAAUACGUCUUAAGGCAGUGUGAAGCCCAAACACUGACCAGAGGAGGGCGCUAGUGCGCCACACUCUGUUGCCACAGCUUCAUUUGUUGACGUUUGAGAAUGUGUAAUCCACCUCAUGUGAGAGUCUAUUUUUGUGCUAAAUGUAAUGUAUUGGUGACUUCAAUAUGCAUUUUAUUUAGAAUUACAAGCCAUUAAAUCCCAGUGCUUAUUGACUGACUGUUUAUGAUGAGAAAUAAAUCACAUAUGCUCGUA